GGAAGAAGAGAAUAUGCCUUCUCAAAACAACCCAAAAAGCAGUCCAAAACGACGGCUAAGGCCCAAUUCUUUUCACAAAUCAACCCACUUUCAGUCCCAUUCCGCCAUUAUCGUUCUCCCGAUUCAAUCUUUUGAUUCUCUCAUCUCGCCUGCAACGAUCAAAACCAGUAACUGGUGGAACAGAAGAGUAAAGGAUUAUUGUUUGAAUAGAGAGGGAAGUUUGCUUGAGCUAAUUUGAGUUGUAUUUACUGUGGAAUGGACGAUGAAAAUGAUUUCACCUUUUGCCAGGUGGGUGUUACUGCCCAAGAUGGUAUCGAGGCAAAGAAGCUUGCUUCGAAUAUCGAUGGUAUGGCUAUAAAGGAUGAGUCCUCAAAUGGCACCAGUGGAAGCAAAAAUAGUGGUAGCCUUUGGAAAGAUAGAUUGCCAAAUAAUGCUUCUUCCAAGGAGGAAACUGUACGAUCUUUGUCCUUUAAUGUUAUUGAUACAGUAUCUCUAAAAAAAUCUAGUGAUUUGCCCAGACGAGUAGCAUCUACAGAUGUUGGAACUUCUGUUACAAAUUCGCAAAAACAAAAACCUGCUGCUAGGAAGCCUGCAGCUCGAGCAAAGGUUCCCUUUGAGAAGGGCUAUAGCCAAAUGGACUGGCUUAAGCUUACUCAAACCCAUCCUGAUCUUGCAGGACUGAAGGGACAGUCAAAUAAGAGGCUUAUAUCAAUGAAUGAAGUUAAACAACACCAAAAUGAAGGUUCCAUGUGGACUGUUCUAAAAGGCCGUGUGUACAAUUUGUCUCCAUACAUGAAGUUUCAUCCUGGAGGUGUUGAUAUGCUAAUGAAGGCUGUGGGAAAAGAUUGUACAUCUUUAUUUAACAAAUAUCAUGCUUGGGUGAAUGCAGAAUUUUUACUGGAGAAGUGUCUGGUGGGUACUGUGGAUGAGAGCCGGUGAAGACAACUAUUGUAUUACAUUUAGUAAUUGAUUCAUUGUUCUCAUUUUCCAUACUAAGCUAAUCGGCCUCUGUCAUUCAUCCUUUUAUAAUGUAAAAGUUUUUCAAUAAAUAGAUGUAUGAAAUGAGAACCUGGUAAUGCUUCUGUGUCUUCAUAAUUACUUAUCUAUGAAUGCUGUUGUUACA